GUUGAUGCAGACGAUUUUCAUAAUCGCUGCAUAUUAGAUUUUUGUGAAACCUCAAUUAUAAAUUCUAUUGAAAUUGAAAAAAGUGAGUAACUUUGAAAGCAAAUUUUUUUUGCUAAUUAUAGCACGUUUUUCUCGGCUUGUGCGGGACGGUUCCCAUGCAGUGCAUUCGCACAUAGAUUGAAGUGCAAGUGUAUAACAUUCGAAAAAUGUUUGCAAUAUAAGAAGUUUUGUACACAGAUAAGUUUGUAGGCCUUUACAAACGUAAAAGACAUGAAACCUACAGUGAAGUGAAAUUUAUAUUACAUAAAAAUUAUCGUGAAAAAUACCCUUAAGUUCUAAAGCCUUAGAAAUCCCUCUAUAAUCCAAAGUCAAUAUUUUGGUACAUAGCAAUAAAACUUGUGUUAAAAAGAGGUUGGGUGCAGACAAGUUGCACUUGCAUACAGGUUAUAAAACAAAUAUUAGCGCCGAUAAAUGGGGAGUUGCGCAAAGUAGAGAAGAAAAAUAAUUGCAACUUCCCUUUUAUAGGCAUUUUAUGUCUACUACAAAGUGCGAAGUAACGUAGAAAAGGCGAGUUGAAAAAAGCGUAGAGUAGUGGAAAGUGAGUGCAUAAUCAAAAUAUGUAAGAAAUCCUUAUAUUAAAGGGCAAUUUGUAUACAUAACAUAAAACCAAAAAUGUAUGUAAGAUAAAAGUGGAAAUAUACAAUCGUAUUAUAUAAAUGCCGGAAGUUAUAUACGUGUAGAGGAAAUUAUAAAAACGCCGCACUUCCGUCUGUGGUUUGUGCCCAGUUCGCCGGAAUCGCCACGAAUUUUGGUUUCGGAAGCUAAUAUUAUUGGGUCUCGUGCACACGCCCACCGAAUUAGCCAAAACCCUGAGCUACGGUUUGUCAUUCGUCUGAAGCUGAACUGAAGUGUUUGAUUGCUAAAGAUCGAAGUGAAGCUUAAAGCGUAUACUUUUUCUCGAUAUAGUUACUAAGCUGGCAAUAUGGGCGCACAGCAGGGUAAAGAGCGCGGUUCACAUUCCAGCGGCGGUGGCCAUGGCGGCACGGCCAGUUGUAUUGGUGUGCCAAGUAGUGGCAGCCCAGUCGGCUUGUCGUCGUCUCAUGGCAUUAGUGUUGGCAGUGUAAAUGCACUAGCUGCUGGUUCCACCUUGCGCGGCUCCCGCAUCAAAUCAUCAGCUACACCAGCAUCUGUGGGUGGGAGUUCACAUCGUUCGACUACCGCUUCGGGUAGUAGCAUUGGACAUACAUCUAAGGACAAUCACAGCCGUUGCAAUGCCAUCGGAAUGAACAUUUUCACAGAACAUAAUGGUCCAAUGCACAGAGUCCAACAACAGCAACUCCGUGAUGCGGCUAAAUAUCAAAUACAUUUAGAAGCACUGCGGCAAUCUCGACCGCUGCCACACAUUCCGGCCGGCACGACAAUGUUGCCUGACGCCGAUCUGCAAUGCCAAGAUGGCGUCUCGCUACACACCCAAAGCCACAGCACAGGUCACAAUUCCGCCACAUCCGGCUUUGAAACGGCACACCGCUGGACAUCCAAAGAGAAUCUGCUGGCACCUGGUCCCGAAGAGGACGAUCCACAGCUGUUCGUAGCUUUAUAUGAUUUUCAAGCCGGUGGGGAGAAUCAAUUGAGUCUGAAGAAAGGCGAACAGGUGCGUAUAUUGUCUUACAACAAAUCCGGCGAAUGGUGUGAAGCACACUCGGACUCUGGCAAUGUCGGUUGGGUGCCAUCGAACUACGUGACGCCGCUGAAUUCGCUGGAGAAGCACUCUUGGUAUCAUGGUCCCAUAUCGCGCAAUGCCGCCGAAUACUUACUCAGCUCGGGCAUCAAUGGCAGCUUUUUGGUGCGCGAAAGUGAAAGUUCGCCAGGGCAGCGUAGCAUCAGUCUAAGAUACGAAGGUCGUGUGUAUCAUUACCGCAUUUCCGAGGAUCCGGAUGGUAAAGUUUUUGUAACAGCGGAAGCCAAAUUUAAUACACUCGCCGAACUUGUGCAUCAUCAUAGUGUACAACACGAAGGGCACGGGUUGAUUACGCCAUUACUAUACCCAGCGCCCAAACAAAAUAAACCGACCGUUUUCCCACUCAGUCCCGAACCGGACGAGUGGGAAAUCUGCCGUACGGACAUUGUGAUGAAGCAUAAGUUGGGCGGCGGCCAGUACGGUGAGGUGUACGAGGCCGUUUGGAAGCGUUACGGCAACACAGUGGCUGUGAAGACGCUGAAGGAGGACACAAUGGCACUCAAGGACUUUCUCGAAGAGGCGGCUAUAAUGAAAGAAAUGAAACAUCCAAACCUUGUGCAACUAAUUGGUGUUUGCACGCGUGAACCGCCCUUCUACAUCAUUACCGAAUUCAUGUCGCAUGGCAACCUCUUAGAUUUCCUGCGUUCGCCUGCCCGCGAAACACUUGACGCUGUGGCACUGCUUUAUAUGGCCACACAGAUUGCCUCUGGUAUGAGUUAUUUGGAGUCGCGCAAUUACAUUCAUCGCGAUUUGGCCGCACGCAACUGUCUAGUGGGCGAUAACAAACUCGUGAAAGUUGCCGAUUUCGGCUUGGCGCGACUUAUGCGCGAUGACACGUACACAGCGCAUGCCGGGGCCAAAUUCCCCAUCAAGUGGACCGCCCCAGAGGGUUUGGCGUACAACAAGUUCAGCACGAAGUCGGAUGUUUGGGCAUUUGGCGUUUUGUUGUGGGAGAUCGCCACAUAUGGCGCUUCACCGUAUCCCAAUAUUGAUCUCACCGAUGUAUUUCAUAAGCUUGAGAAGGGCUAUCGCAUGGAGAGGCCGCCGGGUUGCCCACCGGAAGUGUACGAUUUGAUGCGUCAGUGUUGGCAUUGGAAUGCGGCGGAUCGGCCGACAUUCAAGAGUAUACAUCAUGCAUUGGAGCAUAUGUUUCAGGAAUCAUCGAUUACCGAGGCGGUCGCAAAACAAUUGAAUGCCACAACGAUGACGCAGAGUCUAACGCCGCAAAUGGGCAAAAAGGGCAUACCAGCGAGUGGCGGCGGUGGUGGUGGCGGCAGCAGCAGUGGCGGCGGUUUAACACCGAGCGGCGGACUACUGGAACAACCCGUCGGAACGCCAAUGUCGGAAACCGGUUCGACUUCCACCAAAUUAAGUACAUUCUCCAGCCAAGGUAAAGGCAAUGUGCAAAUGCGCCGCACCACCAACAAACAGGGCAAACAGGCUCCCGCGCCACCGAAACGUACGAGUUUACUUUCGACCAGCCGUGAUUCUACUUAUCGUGAGGACGAUUCACGUAAUCUCAUAGAUGAGCACAACACAAAUGGUAGUAGCAUCUUUUUCAACCUACAGCAACAACUACAAAAACAGCUGCAAAAGCAAACUCCAAUACAACCACAACCAUAUAACGUUGUAUCAACCACAACCACAACCCCAAACAAUAACACUAAUAAUAAACGUUGCAAAACGAAUUCUUAUACUUUGUGUACUACACCACCUCCUCCCCAAUAUUCUAUAAAGAAAUCAUCCUCUUGCAGUAGUUUCCUAAUCGAUAUACUUUUUCGAGGUAUUUCACACCUGAGUCUCACGCGCGAUAUUAAUAGUCUGACCCAACGUUAUGAUUCCGAAAAUGACAAUACAACAGGUGAUCCCGACACUGAUGCCACCGGUGAUAGCUUGGAAUGUCAAAAUAUACCCACCAGCCAAAGUAAGGUGCAGCACUCGCUCCACAGCGGUGGCAUCGGUCCACGCUCGGCUCAACAGCAUAGCUCAUUCAAGCGACCCACGCCCGUCAUGGGCAAUCGCGGUCUCGAAACACGUCAAAGCAAACGAUCUCAACAUCAACAACAACACCAUGCGCCACGGGACAAUAGCGCAGGCGGUUGUACGUCACAUCACGUGACCGUCGGUGCAUUGGAGGUGAAUAAUGUAAAGUGCGUAGUCAAUCGAUAUGGCACUUUGCCGAAAGUGCAACGCAUCGGCGCAUAUCUGAAUAGUCUGGAGGAUCCGCAUACGCUACCACAGCACAGUAUCGCCACCCACCUGUCAACAGUGGCGCCGGUUGCCACCACAAAUGGUCAUGGCGGGCAUACAGCAGCCAUACGUCAACAACUGCCACCGGCACAUGUGAUGCCGUUGCCGCCACCAAUGAAGUCCGUCGCGAAUGUCACACCCACUGGGAAUUGUGGCAAUAUACCGACGCCACCACAGCAAAUGAUACGUAGCAAUUCAUCGAGUGGUGUUACCAUGCAAAACAGCGCUUCAGCGAGUUUGAAUAAAUUACAGCGUCAUCGUACAGCUGCUGAUGGCACCAUGAUGACGUUUUCCUCAUUUCGUGGUACAUCCUCCAGCAAUUCACCCAAACGCAGUCAACAGCCGGCGUUAGCUAAUUUGGAAUUUCCACCACCGCCAUUGGAUUUGCCACCACCACCAGAAGAGUUCGAGACACCACCGCCGCCACCACCACCCGCACCAGCAGCCGAGGUGUUGGAAGAACUACAAUCGGCAAGUAUAACCUCAACACAAUACCCUUUACCGAAUAGCAGUAGUAAUGAUGUCUCGAACACUGCACCCAGUGUUGAGGAAGCAAGCACACGAUUCGGUGUGUCGUUGCGUAAACGUGAGCCAUCGACAGACUCAUGCAGUUCGCUGGGGUCACCACCGGAGGUUACAAAUGCCAAUACAAAUGCUGGUGGUAAUGUGCAGGAGUUCAAUAUGAAGGAGAAAUUGAUGGCGGAAAUCAAAGACCGUUCCAAAGAGAAUUCCGCCAACAAUGCAAAUUUACAAAACGGCAGCACCAUACCAGCAGGCAGUGGCGUGGACCCCGUGUCUUUGCUGUUCACAGAGUUGGCUGAAAUGAAUUUGACAAAGCAAAAGGCAACACCACCGCAACCACCAAAAGCUCAAGGUGGUGCCAGUAACGGUGAUUCAGGCGGUUCGCAAACACAAUCUCAAGAGAAUGGCAAUACAAACUCAUUUAAGGCACAGCUAAAGAAAGUUGAACCAAAAAAAUUACCAACACCCACACAAAAGACCGAAAAUCAAACGACGAUCAUUGACUUUAAAGCGCAUUUGCGAAAAGUUGAAAAAGACCCGAAAGAUAAAAAAGACGCAGCCACAGAUGAGGCGCCUAAAAAUAUACUACAAAAGGCACAAACUGUGAUCUCUACGGGCACUCUGGGCCGCAAGGGUGACAAGAAAUUCACCACACCUAUGACAAUGGCGCCAACAAUGGGCACGUUAACAACACAACAAAAGACUGAAAAUGCAAAACAUGACAUGACCAAUAGCAAUAAUGGCAAUACCAUUAACCCUGCCAAUACCAACACUAACUCAACUACAAAUACCAAUGGUAAUACUCAACAUAACGCAAAUGCAAAUUCCAAUAUAAACUGCAACAAUACGCCAAACACCACAGAGCCAGCAGAUGCGCCAGUGAUGGCAAACGAUGGCGAUUCUGGCAAACGUCGCAGCACAGGUAGUAUACAUAGUUUGAAGAAAUUAUGGGAGCAACCGGGCAGUGGCGCCGAUUAUGCAAGCACCCAAUCACAGGCGAACUGCUCAACAAAUAGUGGCAGCACCGGCACGAAUUCCAACAUUACCAACAGCACUAGCACCUCGAGCACCAAUCAACUUUCGCCAAAAUUCAGUUUGAAGCCCAUCUCGAAUGCUGCAACCACGCCCACAACAAAUUCAAAUCGUUUUCCACCACUUAGCACCCAAAUCUCACCACGUACCAAUGCCAUGAAUGCCACUAAUUCCAUGGCCAAUAAGCCGCCACCAGCUGCACCACCACCACCGCCCCCUACUACCAAUAACAGCACAAAUAAUCAAACUCAGAAUCACAAUCAAAAUUCCAUUUUCAACAAUUCCCAUUGCACGAAAUCCCAACUAACAACCUCUCUCUCAACUCAACUAUUCACAGAUGGUAAUCAUCAGUAUGGUGAACAAGGUACUUCAAACACCAAUAAUUCCACCGCUAACACAUCAACCGGAAAUAACACAACGACUAACAACGAAAUCGCUGCAAUGAGCCAAUCACUUUUUGUAGAGCACAGCAGUGCUGCAAACACCGGCGGCAAUCUAAUGCAGCCAAACAAUAAACUCACCACAUCGACUAUCACUACAAAUGCGGCUGCUACAGCUGCGAAUAAUACAACUAACAACAAACCCGCCGUACCGCUGAAGCCCACCAAACUGACCAUCUACGCCACGCCCAUCUCACAGAAGAUCGCCGCCAGCGCAUUGGAUAGCACCACAAACACACCACUGGGCAGCGCACUGCAAAGUUCAACACAAAUCACACGCGAAAGCAUAUUAGAGCUCGUCGGACUGCUCGAGACUUCAUUAAAUCAGCAUCCCGUCAACUCGAUCUCGGCCUCACAGUGGCUACAACUAAGCGACAAGCUCAACAUACUGCAAAAUAAUUGUGUAGUCUUCGCUGACAACGAAACAAUGCCGCCGCAUUCGAAAUUCCAUUUUCGCGAAUUGGUGACACGCGUCGAAACGCAAUCGCAGAGUCUGCGCACUGCCGGCAGUAAAAAUGUACAAGACAACGAGCGUCUGGUCAGCGAGGUGGGUCAAUCUUUGAAGCAGCUAACAAAUGCCUUGCAUAGGUAAAUAUUAUUAAAGCGGGAAACACGGUCGGGGGUGAACAGCGCUUACAGUUGCAAUGUUGGCGACGGGGGAACGCAGGAGUUGCCACCACCAUGGCGCAGUUGGCUAGACGCCGAGGGAAAUUUCAUUAAACGCAAAUGAAAGUAACAGCCGCCACAAUUAUGGGUUGUGCGUGGUUGUAUGUUGUGUGAAGAAUGUUCAGAAAUUCAAGGCUUUAGUUUCCUGCUUGAGUGAAUGUUGUAGGCAUAUCAUGUGUGUGACGAAACUGUGGGAUUUGAAUAUGCGUUUUAAAUUCAUAGAUUUCUUGUUAUAGAACAAAAGACGAUUCCGAUCAUGCCACAAACAAAAAGAAAAAUGAUAUUUUCAAUUAAUUUUAAAGUGUUGAUCAACUUAAAAACACAACCUAAAACACACACCACACAUACAUACAUAAGUAAAAAAAAGUAUAUUUUUAUGCAGCAGAACUAGACAUUCAUUAUUAAUCAAAACAAUUAUGACUACUUAACUUCGGACGAAGUACAGGGUUCUAAAUCCUAACAUAUUUAUGCGUAUAAUUAAUUUAAUUUUGUCAUACAUACCGUUGUAAACUGCUUGCAGCUUACUGUUCAUGCGUAAACCCUGUAUAUAUUAAAGUGAAAAUACAAAAUCUAGUCAUACAUGAAGAAUCCAAUUUAAAUUGCUGUUAGUUGUAGACUUACCCCAAAAUGAAAUCAAGACAUUUUAAACUACUUGUACUAGUUACUAGCAAUAUAACCAUUAUGGAAGCAAGCAAACAUUUUGAUAA